UCUGAGAAAUAUAUGAACAAUUAUUUGAUUUGGUGUAGUGCCUAAAAAGAUAAUAAACAUUGUUGAGGGCUUUUAGAAACUUCAGAAUAUUUUGCAUACUAUUUAAAUAACAUGAAAUUACGCCAUGGAACCUAAUACUAUAUUAAAAUUACUGAGCGAUUUUAAAAUGUUUCAAAUACAACAUGAAACAUCUUAUGAUAGAAUCUUGAGCAUCCUAGAAAUGAUGUCUACAAUAGAUAUUGAAGACAAGCUGAUUGCAGAAUGCAUUGGAGAACUUUUUCAUAUUGCACUUCCCGAAAAUAUCGAUGAAAACGAUCAUCGAUUAGAUCGUUUUUUUAAUUGGUUGUGUGAAAUAUAUUGGAAAAAUGAAUGUGCGGAGUUUUGUGCCAUUCGAGUAAUAUCAAAGAUCAUCAAAUAUAAUACCAAAUAUCGCAGUUGGUUGUUCAAAAAUUUAUUUUGUCCGCAAUCUCCCAUUUGUGAACGGAUUCUAGAGGAUAAAAUUAAGAAUGAUUUGUAUGUGUUAUCUGUAUUGGAAUGCUUAAAUGCUAUAUUUAAUGAUUUAAAAAUAGAUCUUAUCACUGAAGAACAAAAACAGUCUUGUGGAUUUGUAUUGACGCUUUUAAUUCGUAUGCACUAUUCAUUAAAUAUCAAUUCAUUACAAAACCCCAAUAUAACACUUUACUGCUUAAUCUUACUGAAUAAAUAUGCAUCCUUUUGUAAAGAGGAUAUAGAGCUGAAUAUAUCUGAACUAAUGGGAAUAUCUUUAGGAUUCAUAGAAUAUGGUCUUAACAUAAAAAGUGUAUCCAUCAUUUGUCCAGAAUUAAUUAAGCCGUCCUAUUACCUUAAUAACGCAUCAGAUGAACAAAUAGUUGAACCUAUCAUUCAUUCUAAAUUUGGAGGGAAACUAUCAAAAAAAAGGCAUCGAGGACUAAAACCCAAGGAAAGUGUUAAUACGAUACUUGAGGCUGCGAAGAAUGGAUUCGGAGAGCUUGAUUCAGAAAUGGCAAUGAUAAACAAUAUGGAAAAAGGGCAAUGUGAUGUUCUUCAAAAUGAAAUUAGCUCAAGAAUACGUUUAGCGUCUAUUAUAUUAUUUGGCCAAAUCGCUAGAUCAAUUAAAAGACAUGUUCUUUAUACAUAUUGGCAAUCUAUAUUUCCAUACGACGGUGUCGACAAUGUAUGUGCUCGUAAAGGUAUUAUUUUUGUUUGCCAAGUCGAAGUCAAUUCAAAGUGUCGUAGUGCAGCUCUAAAUGUGUGUACUGAAGUUCUUUUAAACUUGAAGCCUUUAUAUAGCCAAGCGGAAUUUAAAGACAGGUCGUCGGCUUUCCUACCAUUUUCGCAUAUGCUCGGUUUAUCAAUUAUAACCACAUAUAAAGCAUUAAUAGAUAUUAUCCACAGUGAGAAGUGUUUAAAUGUUUUAACCCAAGCAUUAAAAUGUUUAGCAGCUUUAGCAGAAAUAACACCUUUCGCUAAACUUGAAUGUGAAAUAGUGGCCAACAUUAUUAAUACAGUUAAAAACCUAGUGCACCACAACGAUUAUACAAUUCAAAUUUCUGCAUUAUCAGUGUUAGAAGUUUUAUUAAUGGAUUCCGAAAUGCCUUCGGAAAUUGCUGAAGCAUUGGGUAUUUCUAAGGAGUGCAUCCCAACUUCUUCGUCGAAUGAAAACGUUCCUAAUAUUGGGUUCACGAAAAACGUCAAUAAGGAAAACUGUUUUGACCCAGGAAAAAAAGGAACUGACAAAUAUAAUUUCGAAGCGUCGUGGUUAAUUUUGAAAAUCAUUUCAAAUUUAGAAAUGAGCCUCGUACAAGACAAUACGAUUUGUAAAAAAAUAAAAACGCCUUGCACUUUACGAAUUAAAAGUCUACACAUUUUGACUGCAAUGGCUAAUCAUUUCGAGUUCUUUUUAAAAGAUAAUUUGGAAAAAUUAACAUUUGUCCUGAGGGAUAGCAUACAUGAUGGACAGCUGGAAGUUCGUUUGUGUGGAUCAAAAUGUAUGGAGGCUUGUGCUUAUCAAAUGAAUUUGUUUUUACAAAACAACUGUAACAACGAUAAUAUAUGCUCUUUUAAGUGCUUCUGGAUUUGCAUGUUUCCGAUUAUUACACAUCAAAUGAGUAUAGAAAAGGAAUCUACUGCAGUAAAAAUUACCUUAUGUGACGCUAUAUCGAAUAUUGGCGCAAUUAUUUUCGAAAAUUUAUCAGAGCCUAUUCGAAUUAAUUUACUAAGUUUUUUAUCAGGUUUAAGCUGUGAUUCUUCAGAGGAUGUCUUAGUUCGAGCGACUGUUGUUCGGGCAUUGUCUGUCUUCGUCACUUUUCCUACAAUGCACAUGAAUUUUGUCUUUAUUGAGAACACUGCCGAAUUGAUUCUACGAUUAGCAGGGGAAGGAAAUAUGACUGUACGUAUCAAAGUAAUUUGGUCUAUGGGAAAUAUUAGCGAUGCUUUGUUAGAAAAUAUAUCCGAUAACACAGCUGAGAAAAUUUCGGACGAAAUAUUGUGGAGAUUAAUUCAGUAUUCAACUGAAGCAUGCAACGAUUGUGAUAAAGUUCGGUGUAAUGCAGUCCGUACUUUGGGUAAUUUAUUGCGUUUACUAACGGAAAAACAUUUUCAGCAUACCUCCGAUAGAACUGUGAUAAAAUGUGCAAUUAGUAAACUAAUAGAUGGUAUUCGCUCUUCUGGGACGGCCAAGGUCAAAUGGAAUUCAUGCUAUGCCGUUGGAAAAGUUCUGCAAAAUGAAAGAAUAUUUCAGUAUUCAAGUAGAUACAAGGAUUUAACAUGGCAAUUGCCGCUUUUUUCUGCUCUUUGUCAUGUCAUUUAUAAUCACCCGAAUUAUAAAGUAAAAAUAAAUGCAACGGCUGCUUUAAUACAUAUAAAGGAACGAGAGUACUUUGGAGAGCAUUACUCAAAUAUUUGGAGCGCUUUAUUAGAAGCUAUUGAACAAUCUAAUAAUUUAAUAAACUUUUACGAAUAUAAUCAUAGAGAUCAAUUACAAGAGCAAAUGUGCUUUUUAAUUUGUCACAUUAUAAAAUUAGCAAAUUUACAAGAUAUUAUUAUACUUUCUCGUGUACUAUUCAACAAAUUAGAAAUCGUAAAAAAUACUUGGAUGAGAGUAUUAAGACGAUUGCUACCGGCGAAAGCUGCCCCUUUACUAUCUUGCUCGACACACCUAAAUGAUUUUUUGAGAUCACCUUCAGAGUUGAGUAUGGAACAGAAAAAUGCUAUUUUGCUUGUAAUGGAUGCUAUACCGACAAGCUAUUAAUUGUAUUGAUACUAUCCCAAUAAAUUAUUACUACUCAUUCAUUGAGUUGAAAUUAA